AUGUCUUCUUCCUCCGCAAAUCCGAUUAUUUUUGAGUCCUACCCCGACCGCGGGUUCCAGGCGUAUAGCGUCGUUUUAGGUGCGUGGUUGGCUUUGUUUCCAGCCUCAGGUCUCCUCAACUCGACAGGUAUUUUCCAAGCAUGGCUACUCGUCAACCAGCUCGACGAAUACUCAGAGCCUCAAAUCGCGUGGAUAUUUAGCGCUUUCGCCUUUCUUUUCUUCUUUGGGGGUAUUCAGGCGGGUCCAAUAUUUGAUAGGUAUGGACCUAAAUACUUGUUCCCUACUGGAGCCUGCGGCUUGGUCGUUUCGCUAGUAUGUACGAGCUUCUGUACAGAAUAUUACCAGUUUAUGCUUGCAUUUGGGUGUCUUGGAGGUCUCUCUUCUUCAAUCAUAUGGACUACCAGUAUCGCCACCCUUGGACAUUGGUUCAUGCAAAACCGAGGACUGGCGACUGGUCUUGCAACAACUGCCGGUGGCAUCGGAGGUCUAUGCUAUCCCCUUGCCUUCUCGCAUCUGUCACUUCGAAUCGGGUUUCCCUGGACAAUAAGAUGCUUUGCGCUUGUCACCUUGCUGUGUUUCCUAGCCAGUCUGCCCUUGCUCAAGACACGGCUGCCGGCAAAUCCGACCUCGCGGCUUGUUCUUGACUGGAAGGGUUUUAAAGACACGAGGUUCAUACUGACGAUGAUGGCGAUAUUCAUUCUGGACUGGGCUGUUUUGGUGCCUCCAGCAUACAUCACCACAUACACUUCUUCACAUGGACUCAAUCAUCUCUCUCCCAACAUCUUGGCCAUUCUCAACUCGGCAUCUACCUUGGGACGUUGUCUACCUGGGAUUGUUGCCGACAGGGUCGGUCGGUUCAACGUUAUGAUCAUAUGCGCAACUCUCUCCACCUUAUCAAUCUUUUGCUUAUGGCUUCAAGCAGAGUCUAACGCUGCUGUUGUCAUUUCCUUCGCUGUAACCUAUGGCUUUUUCAGCGGAACCGCUUUCAGCUUGACGCCAGUAUGUGUGGCUCAGCUCUGCAAAACAGAGGAAUAUGCCACAAGGUAUGGAACAGCCUAUGGCGUGGUGAGCUUCGCUACAUUGGCUGGAGUUCCCAUCUCGGGACUGAUCUUAGGUACGAGUGACGGCAGCCACUACACCGCCUUGGUUCCCUUCUGUGGUACAGCAUAUGCAGUCUCGGCUCUUCUUUUUAUCUGUGCCAAGGGAGCCAGUCAGGAUUGGAGGCUCUUGUCUAAAUUUUAG